AUGACAAAUGCACACCCAACUGCGGAUUCUCUGGCCUCAUGUUCGGAGGAUUCUUUUGACCUAGACGACGUGCAAAGAGAAAUAAUACUUGUGGGGGCGAUCAUUGCUGAUGUGGUGCCAAACAUUGGUGGGAUCAAAGGAGCCCUUAGAUCUGCAUGGAGCAGCUUGGGAGCUCUCUCCAUCUCCCACUACAAAAGGAACAUCUUUACCAUCUCCACUUCCAGCGAAGUGGCUUCCCAGAUUCUUGAGGGUGCUCCCUGGAACAUCAUUAAUUAUUGUUUUGAUGUGGUGGCUUGGCCCCCCCAACUAACCAUUGAAGAGGUCCCUGUACACCUUAUCCCUUACUGGGUCCAAGUAUCAGGUCUGACUUUGGAGAAGAUGAAUGCCACAAAUGCCAAAAUCAUAGGGGAAGAAAUUGGAGCAGUUCUUGAGGUGGAAGAUCCAGUUAUGGGAAAGGCUAUAACAAGGGGUUUUCUCAGAGUCAAAGUUCUCAUCGACUCACGGAAACCCUUCCCUACCGACUUCUGGCUCCCCAGAUCCACUCACCAAUCUUUCCGUGUGGAGUAUUGCUAUGGAGGCCUUGGUGACUUCUGCUAUGUUUGUGGGUUGCUAGGGCACUGUGAGAAUGCUUGCAAGGGAAGUUCGGAGAGCAGUCGAACUUUGUCGGAAAAUCCGUGGAUCAAACGACGCCUACCUCCUGUCUACCCCCUCUACCAUUGGAGCAACUAA